AUGGCCUUGAGGACCAGUGACCAGGGUCAGGCUGCCAUGAAUGGGCUAAAGAAGGUGCUGACACUGGACACCAUGAACCAGUGUGUGCGCAGGUUGGAGUAUGCGGUUCGCGGCCCCAUUGUGGUUCGUGCUUUGGAACUGGAGCAGGAGUUGCGCCAGGGUAUGAAGAAGCCCUUCACUGAAGUCAUCAGAGCAAACAUCGGAGACGCACAGGCCAUGGGGCAGAAGCCCAUUACCUUCAUGCGACAGGUCGUGGCCCUUUGUACGGACCCUGAGCUCUUGAGCAGCCCCCACUUUCCUGAGGAUGUCAAGAGAAGAGCAAAACGGAUCCUGCAGGCCUGUGGGGGCCACAGCGUCGGGGCCUACAGCAUCAGCUCUGGCAUCCGGCUGAUCCGGGAGGACGUAGCCCGAUACAUCCAGCGGCGUGAUGGUGGCAUUCCCUCAGACCCCAACAAUAUCUUCCUGUCCACCGGAGCCAGCGACGCCAUCGUGGCGGUGCUGAAGUUGCUGGUGGCCGGUGAGGGCCUCACGCGCACAGGCGUGCUAAUUCCCAUCCCACAGUACCCACUCUACUCUGCCACGUUGGCCGAGCUCGACGCCGUGCAAGUGGACUACUACCUGGAUGAGGAGCGCGCCUGGGCACUGGAUGUGGCCGAGUUGCAGCGCGCACUGCACCAGGCGCGCGACCGAUGCUGCCCACGCGCGCUUUGCGUGAUCAACCCGGGUAACCCCACCGGACAGGUGCAGACCCGAGAGUGCAUCGAGGCUGUGAUCCGCUUCGCCUUUGACGAGCGCCUGUUCCUGCUGGCUGAUGAGGUGUACCAGGAUAACGUGUACGCAGAGGGCUCCCAGUUUCACUCCUUCAAGAAAGUGCUCAUGGAGAUGGGGCCGCCUUACUCAACGCAGCAGGAGCUCGCCUCUUUCCACUCCGCCUCCAAGGGCUACAUGGGCGAGUGUGGGUUCCGUGGCGGCUACGUGGAGGUGGUGAACAUGGACACCGCAGUGCAACAGCAAAUGCUGAAGUUGCUGAGCGUGCGGUUGUGCCCGCCUGUGCCUGGUCAAGCCCUGCUGGACACGGUGGUCAGCCCGCCUGAGCCCUCUGACCCCUCCUUUGCGCAGUUUCAGGCGGUGAGCAGACAGGCGACUGAGUG